CAACACUCAAUGUGUCAUUUCCUUUUUUCAUGUAUUAAAUGCUGAAAUACUAUGUGAUAAAGAUUUUACACUCCAGUUGUGAAGAGUAGGAGGUGGAUAAACCAGUUCAGCUGUCUUUAGGACAAACGAAGUAUGGCAGAGUGGGAUAGCUUUCCUAAUGAGCUGGAGGACAGGGACAGCUGCUCAGAGUCUGUGAAGUUUGAUGCUCGAUCAAUGACAGCUUUGCUACCUCUGAAUUCUAAAAAUGGCCCUACCCUUCAUGAGAAACUGAAGUCCUUCAAAACUGCACUGAUUGCCCUUUAUCUCUUCGUGUUCGCAAUUCUCAUCCCUAUCAUUGGAAUAGUGGCAGCUCAGGUCCUAAAGUGGGAAUGGAAGAAUUGCACAGCUGGUUCGAUUAAUGUCAAUGAUACACCUCAGCAUCUCAGUGGAAAAGGAAAUGAUAGUGAAGACAUAAAGUUUCGAGAAGUUGUCACAGAAAACAUGAGCAAAAUGGAGAAGAGAAUCCAGUAUAUUUCAGACACACAAGCCAAUCUCAUAGAUUCAGAGCAUUUCCAAAAUUUCAGUGUGAUGACUGAUCAAAGAUUUAAUGAUGUUCUUGCCCAGCUGAGUACCGUGGUUUCCUCAGUCCAGGAACAUGGAAAUGAAAUAGAUGAAAUCUCCAAGUCAUUAAUAAGUCUGAAUACUACAUUGCUUGCUUUGCAGCUCAGUAUUGAAACAGUGAAUGGCAAAGUCCAGGAGAGUAAAAUUAAACAACAAGAGGAGAUGAGUAAAUUAGAAGAGCGUGUGUACAAUGCAUCAGCAGAAAUUAUGUCUAUGAAAGAAAAAUAUGCACAUUUGGAACAGGAAAUAAAAGGGGAAGUGAAACUAUUGAAUAACAUCACUAACGACCUCAGACUGAAAGAUUGGGAACAUUCACAGACACUGAAAAAUAUCAGUAUAAUUCAAGGUCCCCCUGGACCCCCAGGUGAAAAAGGAGACAGAGGUCUCAAUGGAGUACCUGGACCUCCAGGCAGUCAAGGCCCAGUGGGUCCCCCAGGGCUUAAAGGAGACCGGGGAGCGAUCGGCUUUCCUGGAAGCCGAGGAAUGUCAGGACCAGCAGGGAAGACUGGGAGGCCAGGAAAUCCUGGACAAAAAGGCCAGAAGGGGGAAAAGGGGAGUGGAAGCAGGCCAUCUCCACCGACGACAGUCCGACUGGUCGAUGGUAGUGGCCCCCAUGAAGGCCGAGUGGAGAUUUUCCACAACGGCCAGUGGGGUACAGUCUGUGAUGACCACUGGGAAUUGCGUGGGGGACUCGUCGUCUGCAGGAGUUUGGGAUACCGCGGUGUUCAGACUGUGCAUAAGGAAGCCAAUUUUGGACAAGGUACGGGUCCAAUAUGGCUGAGUGAAGUGUAUUGUUUUGGGAGAGAGUCAUCUAUUGAAGAGUGUAAAAUCCGACAGUGGGGUGUCAGAACCUGUUCCCACAAGGAGGAUGCUGGAGUCACUUGCACUUUAUAAUGU